AUGUUCCGAACCCGAGUUACCGGCUCCACCCUGCGAUCCUUCUCCACCUCCGCUGCCCGACAGCACAAGGUUGUCGUCCUUGGCGCCAACGGAGGCAUUGGCCAGCCCCUGUCUCUGCUGCUCAAGCUCAACAAGAACGUGACCGACCUCGGUCUGUACGAUCUGCGAGGCGCCCCCGGCGUUGCUGCCGAUGUCUCCCACAUCCCCACCAACUCCACCGUGGCCGGCUACUCUCCCGACAACAACGGCAUUGCCGAGGCCCUCAAGGGCGCCAAGCUGGUGCUGAUCCCCGCCGGUGUCCCCCGAAAGCCCGGCAUGACCCGAGACGAUCUGUUCAACACCAACGCCUCCAUUGUGCGAGACCUGGCCAAGGCCGUCGGUGAGCACGCCCCCGACGCCUUUGUCGGAGUCAUUGCUAACCCCGUCAACUCCACCGUCCCCAUUGUCGCCGAGGUGCUCAAGUCCAAGGGCAAGUACGACCCCAAGAAGCUCUUCGGUGUCACCACCCUCGACGUCAUCCGAGCCGAGCGAUUCGUCUCCCAGCUCGAGCACACCAACCCCACCAAGGAGUACUUCCCCGUUGUUGGCGGCCACUCCGGUGUCACCAUUGUCCCCCUCGUGUCCCAGUCCGACCACCCCGACAUUGCCGGUGAGGCUCGAGACAAGCUUGUCCACCGAAUCCAGUUUGGCGGUGACGAGGUUGUCAAGGCCAAGGACGGUGCCGGAUCCGCCACCCUUUCCAUGGCCCAGGCUGCCGCCCGAUUCGCCGACUCUCUCCUCCGAGGUGUCAACGGCGAGAAGGACGUUGUUGAGCCCACUUUCGUCGACUCUCCUCUGUUCAAGGGUGAGGGCAUCGACUUCUUCUCCACCAAGGUCACUCUUGGCCCUAACGGUGUUGAGGAGAUCCACCCCAUCGGAAAGGUCAACGAGUACGAGGAGAAGCUCAUCGAGGCUGCCAAGGCCGAUCUCAAGAAGAACAUUGAGAAGGGUGUCAACUUUGUCAAGCAGAACCCUUAA